AUGGCCCGGCGACCGGACGACACACGAGGAUCCCUCAUCUUCCAAGAGGGGAAAUGCAUCGAGGGAGACUACUACAUUGUUGCCGUCUACGACGAUCCCGCGACGUGCACCAUCUCGUUCUCAGCAUACGAGCUCGAGAAUGACUGCACUUACACCUAUCCGCUCACCUACAGCCAGUUCGAUGCGCUCUUCCAAUACGACUCCGAGCUCAUGAACCCAUCAAACCAAGAUGGGCGCUUUCACUGGGUCAUUGAGCGUCUCGACUUUGUGCAGGACAAGCGGGGACAGAAAGUCCUGUGCUUGGGCGAGGAGGCCACUGCGGAGGUGGACGACGAGGCGGACCUGGUACAGGAGAAGCCGAAAGCGACCUCGGCGGUGCCAGCAAAUGUUGGAGGUAAAAUCGAUGGCGCCACCCGUGCCAAGCUCCUAAAGGAGCUGGACACCCAGGAUGAUGCCAAGCUGCAUGCAGCACUCGUUAAGAGCGAGGGCGCGAGAAAGCGCUUCAUCGCCGAGCUCCACGCAAAGCGAAAUCUGGAGCAACUCAAGGCGUCCCAGCGCCUCCAGAAGGCAGACGAAGAUCGAGAAGCUCGCCUGGCCAAGCUGGAGCAGAUAAAGAAGCAGCAGCACGCCCGGGCCGAGGCCCACAGGGCAGCGGAGGAGGCCAAAAAGAGCACCAUGGCCCAGCUGGAGGUCUUGAUGAAGCAGAAGGAGGCUCAGGCGAUCCGCCGCCUCAUCCAGGAGAAGGACGCCCAAGACCGUGGCAUGGGUCGCGAGAAGGAUGCCGCGAGACAGCGGAGGAAGAUGCAGGAGCGGUCGGCGGCGGAAGUUAGGGCCAUCGAGGAGGAACGAGCACAGCAGUUGGCCAAAAAGCGCGACACCGAGGUGGAGAAGCGGCAAGGGCUGAUCUUGAAGAAGAACAGACAAAUCGCCGAGAUUCUCCGAGAUGAGAAGCUGAAAGAUCGCGAAUACCAGGUGAGGCUCCGGGAAGAGAAAGACCUGAUCAUCCAAGAUGUCUGGAAAAGCAAGGCACAGGUUCGUGUCGCCCAGGAGGAGAAGGAACGCGAGUACAUUCGCCUGGAGGAGAUCCGGGAGAAGGUGAACGUCGAGAGAGAACGCCGGCGUGCUCUCGACGAGCUCAAGCAGAUCAGUGCCAUCCGCAAGCACGCCGAGGAGGAGAAGGAAGUUACCGUGAAGAGGCGAGAGAAGAUGCGAAAGGAGUACCUGCUGCAAUUGAAGGUCGAAGCUAGCAACAGGGCCCAGGCAGUGCGAGAGCAAGCGAGAAGGAAUGAGCGCCGGGAGCAGAAGAUCCAGGAGCGCGAAGAGGUCCGACUCCGAAAGUUCCGCGAAUCGCAGUUCAUGGAUACCAUGCGUUUCCGUCUUCUUACGGAAGCUAUUCUUUGUGGCGGUCGCCUAUUCUUGGUAGCGGUGCGCGGGGCGAUUCUCCGCAAGAUCGUGCCUGGUGGAGCCUUGGUGUUCGACAUGGGUUCGCCGAUAAAGAUCGGGCUUCCGGGGCAAUUGCCUUCCAUUGAUGACGGCAUGGACGCUGACCUGGAUGACCAAAAGGAUAGUCCCAGCAAGCGGAGUCGUGGACCGGGAAAACCCAGAACCGACCCAGGGGGUGCAGGAAGCGUGGCCGAUGAUGUGCCGCUCACGUUGAGUUCUUUGCGUGGACUCUUUGCUGAACAGGCCACCACGCUGCUGCAUGCACAACGUGAUCAACUUCACUCGGCGCUCGGGGACUUGGAGAAACGUACCACACAACACAUGCAGAAAAUUGAGGCGAAAGUCGACAACCAGCAUGAUCAGCAUCACCAACUGGCACAGCAGGUUCAGGCCAUGGCAGAAAGGGUUCAAGCACUGGAAUCCCGGGCGCUUCACUUGACUGAGUACCUUGACCAGCAGCCCUUCACCACAGGCCCGAGACGUUCAGUAGCGAUGGUGAACUUCCACCUACGGCCCUCGGAAAGGGAAGGAGAUCCGCGGCAACGCAUGAUGAAAGUGCUUCAGACGGUGAAUGCAGGGAAGGUACAACUUGAAGGCGCGGCUAAGACCCUUUGGUGUAGCUUCUCCAGGACCCCUGCGGAACGGGGGAGAGCCUCGGUCACGGCCCUCAUCAAGAAGACGGUCAUGCGACACUGUCCUGCGAGGCAGGAUGACCUCGACCUCGAUUAUGCCACCGGCUGUGCCUGGGUUCGGGACGACCAGGUAGCGGGGAUGGGGCAGCCACCAGACGAAUGCCGCAGGGCGAGGGUUGUGGAGACCAAGGCUGGUGUCGCAUGGGUGGACGUGUCGACUCUGGCCAAAUGGGUCGAUGUGGAGAAGUCACCGAUCAAUGAUCCCGUGGGUGCCAUCAAGAGCAAGUGCGAGGGUUAUUCGAUCUUUGGGUGGAACAUCGGGGGAUCGGAACUCAGUCUCGUGCCGAAGGCAGUCCGAGACGGAUCAGGUCGGCCAGUGGAAAAAAGUGAUUUGGUCCUGCUUCAAGAACUCCCGAGGGAUAAGCCGGGUUGGGACUACCAGCAACUCCAGGGACGACGAGUGAUCGCACACAGGAGUCCUGACCAGUGGCGAGGCACAGGACUUUGGUUUGACGAUCGUGCGUGGUGCGUUCUUCGGAAGGUCGCGACAAACCGAGGGACGUGGUUCAAGCUCAGGCACCUCGAGCACCAGCUGGAGACUUGGAUCGGCACCGCUCACUUCCAACCAGGUUGCAAUCAUGCUACUUACGAGGAAGAUGUUUCCCAACACUUCGGAGCCCUCCCUCGUAAUGCCCACCGAGUCGUCUUUCAGGGUGACGUCAACACGGGUCUCAUGUGGCAGGUGGACGCUGCAGGGGUGACUGCUUAUGCUAAGGAAGGCAAAGGGAACACGCUGCAUCAACAUGCUGUUGCGAAAGGCUUACAUUUCCUACCUCCAGGACGGGACCAGUUAGAGAUUCCCACCAGCAGACCGAGGCAGGAGAAUAGGGAAGGCCAGUGUAUCGACAUCCUCUUGGGGAAGCUCUCUUCGUGCCGAGGGGUUAGGGUAUGUGUCGACUCCUUCAUGUGUUUGGGAACUGAUCACGAGCUCGUGGUGGGCUCCUUUGCAUUCCCGGGCGAGAAGGUUCAUCAUCGUCACGAUAGUUGCCCUAGAAUCCUCAACAAACCCAUUGGCCAGAUCGACCACCUUGAUCAGCAAGUACUCACCGACCUCGCGCGGACCCACACCCGCCCUGUCCAAGGCUGCUCGUACAAGGACACCAAGGAGGUCAAGCUGGCGUUCCGGGAGGCCAAGCGGAGGGGCACUGCCGAGCUCUGGAAGACGGCUCUCAAGCUUCGUAAGAGUGCUAGGCAAGAAUGGGAGAAGGACAGACUACGCCGUGCUAGCCAGGGGGACUGGGCAUCCUUUAAGGCCCUCAAACCCAGUAGGCAAGCAGGAUGGGAUGUGGCAUACGCGGAAGUCCAGACGGUCGACCCUCACGAGUCUGUGCACCAGUUGGAUCGCACAGCGCUAAUUGAUCAGCUCGAACGCAAGAUCGGCAAGGGUGCCGAACUCCAGUGUUGGAAGGGCCUGUUGGCCACCACGAGAGGACACCUGCAGACACCGUGGGGAGAGAGCGUGGUCGAAAUGAAUAGAGGGAUAAAACAGGGCUCCAUCGAGUCGCCGUCCUUCUUUGGCCACAUCACCGAGGUAUGCUUGGCACUGGCAGUGAACACCGAGGCAUGGAAGGCACACCAGAGGGUCCUUGAGGGCAAGGAUGAAGAGGAAAUGCUGUUUGUUGAUGAUGGCCUUCUAUGGUGUCGAACAUGUAAAGGAAUCGAAGCCAGAGUCCAUGCAUUAAUUGCCGAGCUCAAGAAGUUUGGACUCAACCUGAACCCUUCUAAAUGCCACUUGUAUGUGAAGGGCGUCGAAGACGGUGACUGUGUCUGGAUUCAAGGGGUCAGGGUUUCUGCAGCAGCUUCCAUGGAGAUCAUGGGCAUCAAGAUGUAUGUAGGAAUCAGCAUCUACGAACUGGUGGCCCCCCUCGUGGCAAGAGCCAGGACCAAGUUUUGGGAGUUCAAACACAUUUUCAGAUGCCGAUCAGGGAUGAAGGCCAGGGUCAAAGUGAUGGAGAGGGUUGUAGGGUCGACGGCAUUGUGGUGCCUGGCAAGCUUUAUGCCCGACGUGGCUGCAAUGUCCCUGCUGAACUCCACCCAACUGCAGCUCAUGGUGUGGUUACUACGCUUUGCAAAACGGCCUGAAGAACCCUGGGAUGCUUACCGACAAAGGGCCUUUCGAGGGGCUAGAGCGGCACUACACAGCUCAGGCGUGGAGCGCUGGUCCACGACAUGGCUUCGCCGCUACUGGUCUUACGCAGGCCACAGGGUCAGGGGCAUGCUCGCCACAAGUCCGGUAAUUAGUUGCCUGUACGAAGACUUCAGAACGGGACCUUGGUGGGAGUGUGAGAAGAAGAAGAAGAAGGGAGGUUACAAACAUCACCAGCGCUACCCGAGACUUUCCAACAUGGAGAAAGCCAUGGACAAAAUCACGGGUGGACCCUGGCGCGAGAAAGCACACGACCGAAAGCAAUGGAAAACUUUGGAGAACCAGUGGGUGAAACGCAUGGACCUGCCGUGGGCCUCCGGGCGACAACACUCGAUCAAAGAUCACACGGUUUGA